AUGUCGAAAGCUCUGGUAUCUUUGAUUGGGAAGAGGGUUCUAGGUGAAACUGCCAAGAAUCACUUUGGCACCGAGGACCCUUACUUCGAAGAAGUUCCAGCUUCACGACUCGGUCGUACCUUCGGAAAGAAGACGCAGAAGCGUCGCAAGGCUAUUCCCCCAGGAUUAUCAGACAAUGAUAGCAAAGUCUUGACCAAGGUCAAGCGCAGAGCCUACCAACUCGACUAUGCUCUCUUCAAUUUAUGCGGAAUUCAAUUCGGCUGGGGAAGUGUGAUUGGAUUGGUUCCAUUUAUCGGUGACGCUGGAGAUGCCGCACUUGCCAUGAUGGUCGUGAAAUCUUGCGAGGGAAUUGACGGGGGACUUCCUGCGGCCUUGCGCAUGAAGAUGAUGAUCAACGUGAUUGUCGAUUUCGUCAUUGGACUUGUUCCAUUCAUUGGUGACCUUGCCGACGCUGUAUACAAAGCCAACACCAGAAACGCGGUCAUCCUCGAAACCCACUUGCGCGAAAAGGGCGCCAAGGCUGCCUCUAAGCGCAGCAGACGGCGAUCGCAAACACGACGGGAGGACAACAGACGAGAAGAAGCAGUCGAAGUCGAUCAUAGUCUCCCCGACGCGUUCGACAGACAAGAAGGUGGAGUGGUCAGCGACAGCCCCCCGGCAUACGAUUAUGCACACCCAUCGAGCCGUGGGGCAGGGCAUGACGCUGGCCCGGAGCCCCCGACCAGACCUCAACCCGCCAAACAGCCCAAGAACAACCGCUCAUUUGGCAGAUGGUUUGGCGGAGCGAGCCAUCCCGAAGAUGAUUUGGAGCGAGGUGGACGGUAA